CUUAGCACGUGAGACAUUUGUCUAAGCCAGGGGUGUCAAACAUACGGCCCGCGGGCCGCAUACGGCCCACAAAGGUGUCCAAUCCGGCCCGCAUGAUGAUUUAUUAAAUAUGAAAUACAUAUUUUAAAAACCCUUUCAGGCGGGUGUCUAGUUCGUUUUUAAUAUGAGAGACUUGCGGAAAGCAGCAAAACGCGGAACAUAGACUAAACACGGUGCCCAAAAAUCUUGCUGUUGUAUUGUUACUGCUCCGCUAAAGAUCCACUUAUUCCGGUGAUCCACUUCGUGUUUUCCCGACCGCUCCGCAGCAUUUCUGUGACGGUCUUCACUCUUUGCCUGGAGAGCGAAGACGACAGUUUCCGAAGUUCGUUGCAUUAACAGACAAAAAAUACAAAAAACACCAAUGCCUUCACAAAAUAACGACAGAGAACGGAAAGAGAGGCUGCUAAAGGCAGUUCAACAUUGCAAACAUGGAUUCAAAGCUCCAUCAAGCCAGCAGGCUGAAACUGGGUGUGGUGAUGGAGUCAGAUUGACGAGGGGAACGGCCUUUGUGGGUGGAGAUUCUAAGAAGAAGAUCGACGUCACAUACUUUAUAAAUAACUGUUUUCCCCAAAUGCUGGGUGUGAGUCGAUUGCCUAUUGUGGCCUUGAGACUACCCAGCGCUGUAAAACUUUUUCAUAUCUGAUCAAUAAAUAGUUUAAUUUUAAUACUGUGCCUUUCCUCUAAUUAUGAACAUGCAAUGGACGCCUUAAAGUCCAACAGUAGCGGAGGUCGACUGGAGUUAGAGUGUGUAUACAAACUGUUGUUGCGUGAUUAAAGAUGUCUAGACGCUGUUUCUUUAGAUGUGAGGGCAAAAUGUCCCUUUAUGGCCUUCCUAAGGCAGAGGACAUCAGGAUGCAGUGGAUAAAAUUCAUGUUUAAUACGGUUCCGGCACAAUACAGUCAAAAGCUGUUCAUAUGUUCACGGCAUUUUUCCCAUGACUGCUUCGUGAACCGUAACGAAUUUGAAUCUGGUUUUUCGCAACGUCUUCUCCUGAAAGAUGGAUCAAUUCCUAUUUUGUUUGGAUUACCCUGCACUUCUGGAUCACAGGCUAGUACAUCGCAGCAUGUACCCUACACUGUAGAAAGGCAACAUGUAGAAUGCCAAACUGAUCCUCCACAUGCAACAUCAGUGGGCACACAGUAUGAUCAGUCAAAAAAGCAGAAAUCAGUCAGCACACAAUUGUCCUUUGGUAAACUGGCAUAUGAGGAGCAAAGGAUCCUAGGCAGCAGUGUUGUGUCACAGUGUUUACACUGAAACAACAUCAGCGUACGCAGAUUUCCCAUUCGGAUUACAAUCUCCAAUCUCUUCAACACCUAUGAAGACCUCUGCUUUUAAUCUAAAGAAAAGACGUCACAUAGAGUUGGAGGAGGAAGAUACUGAGAGCGAAACACUAUGUGAACCUCACGACACCACAUAUAACCCAGAAGACACAGUUGUUACUGAAGAAUCAGAACUGUCAUUUGCGCAAAGUUCCUCAUACAAUGAAAAAAAAUACGUUGUAUUUGAAAGCUGCCUCCGAGACUUGUUCGACAUCUGUCCACUUUGCCGGAGGAAGUGUGAUGUUCGUCAACGGCAACAGGGAACUUUUGUGGCAUUCAGUCAACUUUGCUCAAACUGCAGUUACAACAAACAGUGGAAUAGCCAGCCCAUUGUUGGAAGUACACCUACAGGAAAUCUUCUUCUGUCUGCUGCAACGUAUUUCACUGGUAAUUCAUUCAUCCAGAUAGAAAAGGUUUUCCGUGCCAUGAAUCUCCAAGUUUUUCAAUAUGACACAUUCAGGAGACAUGCAAGGAAUUUGUUGGAACCGGCUAUUGUCCACAAGUGGAAAACAGACCAAGCGAAUAUGCUUUUGGAGUUGCAGAAGAAUAAUAAAAUUGCAAUUGCUGGAGAUAUGAGAGCAGACUCACCAGGACACUCAGCAAAGUAUGGUAGCUACACUCUACUCGACUUGAACACCAACACCAUAAUCGACCUUCAGCUUGUUCAGAGCAAUGAAGUUGGAGGAAGCUAUCACAUGGAGAAGGAGGGCCUGAAGCGUUCCCUAGAUCUUCUGGAUUCAAAUGGUCUGAUGGUGGACUACAUUGUGACUGACCGACAUCCACAAAUCCAAACGUUUUUGAGAGAACGCAGCAUUACACAAUACUAUGAUGUGUGGCAUUUUGAAAAAGGUUUGUCAAAGAGACUAGCCCUUCUGGCAGAACAAAAGGGCUGUGAGGUUUUAAAGAAAUGGUUGCGCAGUAUUAGAAAUCAUGUUUAUUGGUGCGCAACAUCUUCAACUUCUGGACCUGAGAAGGUGGCCAAGUGGAACUCCUUGAUAAACCAUCUUCAAAAUGUGCAUGUCCAUGACGACCCUACAUUUUCCAAAUGUGAACAUCCGGACCAAGAGUCUACAAAUUCAACGAAAUGGUUAACACCAGGGUCAAUGGUUCUACAUAAAGUAGAAAAAAUCUUAGUCAAUAAGAGAGUCCUCAGGGAUGUCGGGAAGCUAAGCCAUCACCAUCAAACAUCAUCAGUGGAGGCCUUCCAUAGCCUGAUUCUUCGAUUUGCACCCAAAAAUGUGGUCUUCCCAUUUAUUGGAAUGCUGUGCAGAUUGUACCUUGCAACCAUGCAUUAUAAUGAAAAUGCAGACCGUGAGCAAGCUGUAACAAAAGCAGGAGAGGCAAAGUUCAAGGUUGUGUUCCCAAAAUCUAAGAGAGGGGAAUGUGUCGCAAGGCCAGUAAAAACACAAGCGACAUACUUUUAUGUGGAUGACCUGAUCAGGCUUGUGUUUGACGAGGUGCUUGAGGACCCAGCUCCAUUUGUUGAAAAGCUGAAGGAAAUCCCGAUUCCAUUGGACCUGGCAUCACAAUUCGAGAGGCCUUCUAAGGAGGACGUGAUUGCACGCCAUCUCCCGCGCUUCAGUUUAGGGGUGGUCGGAAGCCGACAUACCGACCAUCCUGAUCGGGAAACUCCAAGCGGAUCCUAAGAACAACACACGAUGGGAUGACAACUCUAUUGUGUCGUCCUAGAUAGCCCCAACACCAGCUGACAAAGCUUCGAUACGCUGUGUAUCUGUAACCUCUGUAAGCAUUAAAAUGGACAAUUAUUCAGAGGAGAACAAUAUAGGAUAUAGUAUAGUAUAUUAUAAUUACUAAAGCAUGUUUAUUUGAAUAUUUUUACAAUUUUAAUAUAUUGCAAUAAAAAACUUUUGGCUGAGU